AUUUUACAAGGAGAAAGAAAUCAUUAUUUUGUCUUGAUGUUUACUGCCACGAAUCCUCAAAUUCCCUGCGAUGUCUGUAAAGAAUUUUUACCAACUUUUUCACAAGUUGCAAGCUCAUAUAACAGUCUAAAUUCUAAUGACGAUAAAUUAUUUUUUGGUAUUGCUGAAUUUAUAAAUAACAAAAAGUUGUUUGGUUAUUUAAAAAUGAAAAAUGUUCCUCAUCUUUGGGUUUUACCUCCAAACACUAACCUCAAUGAAGCUAAAUAUUAUGGAAUUGAAGAUGAAUCUGAACUAGAGCUUCAAUACGAUAUUAAGGUCUCAAAACAUUUCAAUUAUCAGAUCAAUUCAAAAAGAUCAACUCCCUUAGAGUUUGCCAAAUUCAUCUCUCAGGCUUCUCAUAUUUCUAUUCAAGUAAAACAACCAAUUAAUUCCCAAGAAUAUUUAACAUAUGUUUUAUUUGGCUUUGCCAUUUUAUUAAUUAUCAAAAAGAGAUCUGGUAGAAUAGUUAAUAAUAUUAAAAAAGGCAAAAUUUGGUCAGUAUUAUCAGUAUUAUUUUCAAUUUGUUUUGUGAGUGGUUAUAUGUUUACAUUUGUUAAAAACGUUCCAUUUGUUGCAAAUAAUGAUAAAAAGGAAUUUAUAUAUAUAUCUGGUGGUCAAUCGUAUCAAUUCGGUAUUGAGAUUCUAAUAGUUGGUGGUGUUUAUGCAAUUCUUGGUGCGUUAGUUUGUAUUUUGGUACUAUACAUUCCAAAUCUAAAUGAAGAAGAAUACGAUGAUGUUAAAAAAAAUACAUUGGUUUUAAUUUUAGUUUUUCUAAUCUAUUUAUUUUAUAGUCUAUUGACAUCUAUAGUGUUAAGGAAGGACUCAAGUUAUAUUAAUUGGUUUACAAAAAUGAUUUAA